UGAAAACCAUAGACAGUACAAAUAUAGAAUUUACGAACUCAAUAGAUCUGAGGCGGGUUAGACAAGCUUGACUAAUAUUUUGCAAGGGUGACUGCAACUUUUACAUUAUGUCAGUUUUCUUAGCUAUUUUGUCAGGUGGAGUCGUAAUGUACUUAUUGCUGUAUUACACAAUGUUCAAGGGGUCCCGAUGCAGAAGCAAUGCUGUGUUGAAAGGGAAAACGGCUAUUGUGACUGGCAGCAAUACAGGCAUUGGAAAAAGCACAGCCAUGGAUCUAGCCAAGAGGGGUGCACGUGUCAUUCUAGCUUGUCGCAACAAACAAAAAGCAGAAGCUGCUGUUUACGACAUCAGGAGGGAGAGUGGAAACAGUGAAGUUCUGUACAUGCAGUUGGACUUGGGGAGCCUCAAGUCAGUGAGAUCCUUUGCCGAGACUUUUCUGAAGACAGAGCCUCGACUAGACCUACUCAUCAACAACGCAGGCCUCAUGGGGACGGGUCAAACGGAGGAUGGGUUUGGGUUGGCCUUUGGGGUCAAUCAUCUAGGUCACUUCCUGUUGACCUACCUGCUCUUGGAGCGCCUGAAGCAGAGCGGGCAGAGUCGCGUGGUGAACGUGUCGGCUCUGCUCCACCGCCUGGGCACCGUCGACUUUGCCACCCUGAGUGCCCAUAAGGACCUGGUGACGGGGCAGUCCAGCUGGCACGGCUUCAUGGCCUACUGCCACAGCAAGCUGUGCAACGUCCUCUUCACCCGCGAACUGGCCAACCGCUUGGAGGGCACCAGUGUCACCUGCUAUAGCCUUCACCCAGGGGUAAUCAACACAGAGUUCUGCCGCAACAUGAGCCUGUGGCUCAGGCUGCUCUUGAUGCCUAUCUUCAGGCUCCUGUUCCUGGACCCAGAGGCUGGCGCCCAGACCACCCUGCACUGCGCUCUCCAGGAAGGUAUUGAGCUGUUCAGCGGGCGCUACUUCUCCUCGUGUUCCUUACAGGGAGUAAGCUCUAAGGCGCGGGAUGACGGUCUGGCUAAGAAGCUGUGGGAAGUCAGUGAGCGGCUAUGUGGUCUACCUUGAGCAAGAGCUUAAGGAAUGGAGCUCCUGAAAUAUGUGCAGCACUGUUUUCGGAUUUCCAAUGUUAUUUGCAUUUAAGACUUAACGACUGUUUGUUUUUGUCUUUUUACUUGCAACAAGCCUUAUCAAACUGACAUGGAAAUCACUGAUCUUAUUACAGAUCAAGAAAUAAGACAUUUUCAUAAGCUAUAUAAUCUUAAUUUCCCCUCGACUGUUAUUCCCUUAGCUAAUAAGCGAAUGUUAAAAACACUAAAUGCUGACUCCUUCAGCUCAAAUCAGAAAACAAUGUCAGUACCAUUAAGGGGCAUUAUGUACAUAGUGUUAGCACUCAGGUGAAACCCCUUUGUUCUCUUCUCUAUGCAAUUAUGUUUUUUUGUUAGCCAAAAUAAAUAUUUAUUAAUAAGA